GACGACUCGAAGUGGAGCAUCAUCGGCCGAGCCGGAGUGCUUUGUCGGAGUGACACCCCCCGGACCAAGUGAAGACAUACUGUAGUUUUACCCCUCGCUUCUUCCAAGCUGGUCCUUCAUGCGAGGCAUUUGCGUUGAAGCAUUGCUGCCUAACAAGUGGGGUUAUUUCCUUGGCGCUUAAUCGGAACGAAUCAGCACAAGCAUGCCAUGACUAAAUCAGGCUGCGUCGAAGGCUGGGCUCAAUCUUCGUGAGGACAACACAACUUCUUCACCUUCCCGCGACAAUGUCCAAUCCCCAUGACUACACGAUCGGCUGGAUUUGCGCCAUUGCAACUGAGUACGUUGCUGCGCAACUCUUUCUCGACGAAGAGCACAAAGGCCCUGAAUUUGUGUCCACAAACGACAGCAACGACUACACACUGGGCAAGAUUGGGAAGCACAAUGUCGUCAUCGCAGUUCUUCCGCAUGGUGAAUAUGGGAUAUCAUCCGCCGCCGGCGUCGCGAAAGAUAUGCUUCAUAGCUUUCCCAACGUCAGAAUGGGACUGAUGGUCGGUAUUGGCGGUGGUGCACCAAACUCCAAGCAAGACAUCCGCCUCGGGGACGUCGUGGUGAGUGCUUCUAGCAAUGGCAAGGGCGCGGUGUUCCAGUACGAUUUUGGAAAGGCCGUGCAAGGCCAGGAAUUUCAGGAGACGGGAUUCUUGAAUCUGCCACCCACGGUUUUGCGAGCAGCGGUGAACGGACUCAUGACGCAGUACAAGCGCAAAGGACACCAGAUUGAUACAGCUAUCAACAACAUCUUGACAAAUAACCCGAGACUCAAGAGAGAAUUCGAACGGCCCGAGUCGAGCACCGAUCGACUAUAUCAGUCUAGGGUAGUCCAUCCGCCAGAUGACCAGUCUAGUUGUGCCACAGCUUGUGGUGACGACCCAUCGACUUUGAUAGCGAGACCCGAUCGGACCGAAUACGACGACAAUCCGGCGAUCCACUAUGGUCUAAUCGCUUCGUCGAAUAGGCUCAUGAAGAAUGCCUUGACUCGGGAUGCGCUUGCAGCGAAGAAGGGCGUUCUCUGUUUCGAAAUGGAAGCGGCGGGCUUGAUGAACCACUUUCCCUUCCUGGUUAUUCGGGGCAUCUGCGACUACUCUGACUCGCACAAGAACAAAGAGUGGCAAGGAUACGCAGCGAUGACAGCUGCGGCGUACGCAAAAGAUCUGCUCUAUCGCAUCGCUCUAACUCAGGUUGAAGCCGAGAAUAAGAUCAGUGAAAUCAUCUCUGGUUUACGCAACGAGGUCGCAGCUACGAUCCAUCAUCGUCGCACUCAGGAAGCCAAAGAUAUCUUGGAUUGGCUCACCCCGGUCAACUACGGUUCUCAGCAAAGUGACCAUUUAGAAAGGCGAGAGGCGGGAACCGGCAAAUGGCUUCUUGAUUCAGUACAGUUCCGCAAUUGGCGUGACAACCGCGGUCAAACUUUAUUCUGUCCAGGUAUUCCAGGCGCUGGCAAAACAAUUCUUACCUCGAUUGUGGUCGACAAUUUGGAAACACGGUUCCGGGAUGACAUGAGUGUCGGGAUUGCAUACGUUUAUUGCGACUUCCGGCGCCAAGAUGAACAAACGGCUAAGGAACUUCUGGCGAGCCUUCUUAGGCAGCUAGUUCAAUGCCUGCCGACUUUCCCGGAGAGCGCGAAAUCGCUCUACGAUAAGCAUAAGGACAAGCGGUCGCGACCAUCAUUAGAGGAAAUCUCGAGUACCAUCCGAUCUACGGCCAAACUCUAUUCAAGAGGCUUUGUUCUCAUUGAUGCGCUUGACGAAUGUCGAGCUUCUGAUGGCAGUCGGACGAGGUUCCUCACGGAGGUCUUCGAGCUUCAAGCCAAGUCCGCAAUCAACAUCUUUGCGACGUCAAGGCCUCUCCCAGAGAUUACCCAAAGUUUUAACGAGACCUUGUCACUAGAUGUACGUGCAACUCGGGACGAUGUAAGAAAAUAUCUGGAUGGUCACAUGAAAGAGUUGCGACUCUUCAUUCGGGGGGAUCGACAAUUGCAAGAAGAGAUCAAGGCAGGAAUAUCAGAAGCCGUCGAUGGAAUGUUUCUCCUGGCGCAGAUCUACCUGGAGUCACUUGACGACAAGCUUACACCUAAUGCUGUGCGAGACGCAUUGGAGGGAAUGAAGAAGCAAAAGAACGCAUCUGGUGGAAAUAUGGACCGGGUACUAGUCAAUGCGUAUGACACAGCCAUGAAGAGAAUCAACGGACAGAAGCCCGGCUUGAAAAAGUUUGCGAUACAGGUCCUGUCAUGGAUCGCUUCCGCCAAAAGACAGCUCACGAUAUCGGAACUUCAGCACGCCCUUGCGACAAAAAGAGGAAAACGAGUGCUUGACCCUGGAGAUCUUCCACAGCCUGCAGAUAUGGUCUCCGUGUGCGCGGGGCUGGUCACAUCCGAUCAUCAAAGUGACCUUAUGCGGUUAGUCCACUACACAACGCAGCAAUACUUUGACGAAAGACGAGAAACGUUAUUUCCGAAUGCAGAAUCUGAUAUCACUGUCACUUGCGUUACCUACUUGUCAUUCAAUGUCUUCGAGAGCGGGUUCUGUCAGACCGAUGAAAAAUUUGAAGAGCGGAUAAGGUUAAACCCAUUCUACGACUACGCGGCACACCACUGGGGCGAUCAUGCUCGCGAGGCUCCAACUCUGUGCCAGGAGGCCAUUGACUUUCUUGAAACCGACACAAAAGUCGAGUCAUCGAGCCAAGCACUGAUGGUAGUAAAGGAUUCAUGGGCAUGGCAGGCGUACAGCCAAGAGGUUCCAAGGCAAAUGGCUGGACUGCACUUAGUGGCAUAUUUUGGCAUCAGGGAUGGUACACAGUUACUGACCGGGAGGAACUUUGUGGACCUCAGGGACAGUUACGGUAGGACCGCAUUGUCGUAUGGCGCCGAGCGAGGCCAUGAGGCUAUCGUCAAGAUGCUUCUCGACACAGGAAAAGUCGACAUCGAUGCUAGAGACACCGAGUAUGGCCAGACACCGCUCUCAUGGGCUGCCGAGAAAGGCCAUGAAGCUAUUGUCAAGCUGCUUCUCAAAACGGGUC